UUAUGUGUUGGAGACUGAGUGUAGUAAUAACAUGCGCUCGACGUGUCAGCUCGCUCAGUGUCUUGCCGUCUGUCAACCGUUUAUUGGAAUAGAAAAGAGAGACAUGAUUGUCGCGUUUGUAUCUUUGAUUCUUGGAGCUGUGAUAAUUCUUUAUCUCUACCUAACGAGGAACUUCAAAUACUGGCAAAAACGUGGAGUUCCUUGCGUGAAUGGGACCACUUUACCGGGAAUUGGUCAUAUGUGGGAGUUUGUCAGUGCAAAAAUUACUUUCAAUGAGUUCUGUCGCAAAAUCUACCAUGGCAACAAGGAUCGUAGCAUGGUCGGUUUCUACAAUUUCUCAACACCUACACUGAUGAUUCGCGAACCGGAGUUGGUGAAAACAGUGUUGCAAACGAAAUUUACGAAUUUUCACGAGAAUGCACUCAAGAUCGACCCUGAUCUGGAUCCCCUUAUGGCUAACAAUCCUUUCUUCACAUACGGAGAGAAAUGGGUAACCGGAAGAAAGCGUCUGACUUAUGCCUUCUCCAGUAUGCGAUUGAAGAUCUUACUUGAGAGUGUUAAACAAGUAUGCGGAGAAUUUGAGACCUUCUUAAAUAUAAAGUUGAACAAGAAAGAAAAAGCGGAAGUCGAAUUGAAGGAUCUCUUCGCCAAAUACACCGCGCAGGUGGUAGCAAACGCCGGUUUCGGCGUUAAUGGAUUCUGCUUCGACGAUAAGAAGCAGCACAAGUCCUUCUACGAGAUAGGCAAGUCCUUCCUCGAGCCGUCUGCUAUAAACAAUAUGAUCUUUACCCUUGUGUUUCUAAUACCUUGGUUGGGCAAAGUUUUCAGAAUAAGAUUUUUACCGAAGAAAGUCGAUCGUUUCUUCAGAACGUUGGUCAACGAUAUUAUGGAGCAAAGAAGGGCAAGCGACACGCAAAGAAACGACUUUUUCCAAUUGAUGGUUGAAUUAGAGCGUACGGAAAGUAAUGAAUUUGACCUGGAAGUUUUGGCGUCUAACGCGAUGUCGUUCUUCGUCGACGGCUAUGAGACUUCCAGCUCCGCUUUGACCUUCGUUGGCUUCCAUUUAGCUGCAUACCCAGAAGUGCAGAAGAAAUUACGCGAAGAGGUGAUGACUGUACUGUCCAAACACAAUGGCAUACUUACGUACGACGCUUUGAGAGAAAUGGCAUACAUGGAUCAAGUAAUAAGCGAGUCACAGAGAAUCGUGCCUACAAUUGGAUUUAUGAACAGGAUUUGCACGGAUGCGACUGAAUUAAGAGGAUCCGACGGAAUUGUUUGCUCUGUGGAACCAGGGACAAACAUUCUAAUACCCGUUCAUGGUCUGCAGGAAGAUCCUUGCUAUUGGGAAAAUCCGCACGUGUUUGAUCCUGAAAGAUUCGACCCGAGCAAGAAACACAGUAUCGAGAGAUUCGCCUUUCUUCCCUUCGGUGAGGGACCACGAAUUUGCGUAGGAAUGAGGAUGGGCCUGUUACAGAUGAAAGCGUGUCUCGCUGUGCUCUUAAGAAAGUUCAGUUUGGAGCUUUCUCCGAGGAUGCAAAUGCCUUUAAAAUUAAAAUCCUCAGUUUUUCUAUACGCGCCAGUGGGUGGUGCUUGGGCCUUCAUCAAACCAAUUUAAAAGUGCACGACUUUUAUUAAUCCCCUAUAACUUGUUGCUUUAUUUUUUAUCCGUCAAAUAAUUUCUCUCUUGUAAUCUGAGAUCUAUUGAUAUUAUUCACAAUUUGUUUAUUUUUGUAUCAAACAUUUCUUAAAAAUUUCAUUUACUUUUGUUGUGAUGACGUUUGCAUAAUAUUUUGAAUGGAGUAAAUCAUAUUUUAAGGAAAACUCACGUAGAUUAAAUUUGAUAGAAAAUAAAGGAAAUUGUGUAUUUGUUCGGAAAAUAGCAAAAUUUCUGUGUUUGUAUCUUUUUAAAUAGAUAUUUCGUUCUAUUCUAUCAUAUGGUAGUGAUGCUAUUGUAGUAAAGAAACGCCAAUGUUUUUAGACAUAAUAUUAUCAGUGACGCAUUCCGCGUGCGAGUCUCUUGAUGUAAUAUGUUAUCAUACAUUAUAUAGAUGUAAUGUUAUCAUACAUUAUAUAGAGCAUUACGCAAAGUGCUGUUAUGUAUAAUAACAAGGUUAGAGUUUUAUGAUAACAUUGAAAGAAGCAAUAAUGGAAAUAAAAUAUAUUAUUUCAAAAAUAUAAAAAACGAAGAAAAA